AUGGCGGAUCUGGAGCGGAUCAUGACGAAGAAAAUUAAUGAUGCAAUAUCUAAAAGAAAAGACAAGCAUAGGCAGAUGGUCUUAGAAGAGGACCCGUUCGCUCCCGAAAUCAUGGUGGUCCCUUUAUCUAAAGGCUUUAAGCAGCCUAUGAUAGAGGCUUACGAUGGGGUCACAGAUCUACUUGACCAUCUGCGGACCUUCGUUGAUCUGAUGAGACUCUAUGCAGCACCCGAUGUGGUGAUGUGCCGGUCUUUCCCCCCGACUCUCAGGAGGGAAGCCAAAGACUGGGUGGCAAUACUUGUCCCUCGGUCUAUCCGAACAUUUGAUGAACUUUCCAGGAGCUUUGUAGCCUAUUUCCUAAGUAGCAAGAGAAAGAAGAGGACAACCAUUGGACUGAUAUUUAACCAUGCGACCCUUGGAAUAGAGGAUCUUCAGAUGUCGGCAGUGGUGACUACAUUGAUGAAUAGAACUCAGAAUCGGACUUUUAAGAUGUCACUUUCCAAGAACCCCUCAGAAUCAAUGCACGACCUAUUGAAAAAGGGAGACAAGUAUGUUGAUGCCGAGGAGGUGGAGAAGGUCACAAAGAACCUCAGAGAUGGAUGGGAAGUGGAAAGUCACAAGCGCAAGGCGAGGGACGAGCUAAGAUCUACCAACAAAAAUAGGCUAAGGAGUGAGCAAAUGGUUAAAGGGGCAGCCAAAGAUCGGCCAGCCAGGCACAAACGAGAAGAGUCCAGGGCGUUCACCCCUUUAAACAUUCCACACGCCAAACUAUUGAUGGAGAUACGAGACAUAAAAGAGCUAGAACGGUCGAGACCCAUUAACACCAGCCGGCAAAAGAAACCAGGGCAGAUAUUGUCAUUUCCACAAGGAUCACGGGCAUGA